AUGUCCGUUGAAGAAAUUGUGACUGCACUUGCCAAGCCCGGCGAAUACAGCUACAGAGGCACUCUAGAAGCUGCAUCUACUUGGCCAUCGGCCGAGGCUGAAUUGCUGAAGGCCAUCAACACACUCGAGCUCUUUGCAUAUGGAAACUAUGGUAGCUUCCUCCGACACCAAGGCCAAUUCCUCGACUUGCUGGGUCAAUUAACCAAAAAGCUCGUCCAGUUGACAUUGAUAUCGGCUUGUAACGAAAACGAAGGCAGACUUGUCCCGUUCGAGACCGUCUUAAAGGAGUAUUCCCUAGAGCAGGCUCUAGAGGGGAGGGAGGAGAACUUGGAGCUGCUAAUUAUGGAGAUGAUCGAUGAAAACGUCAUAGUCGCCAAAAUUGACGAGCGGCAGAGGUCUGUGAAGUUUGUGGAAUCGCUUGUUUUGCGAGAUGCAUUCAAUGAUAGGAAGUAUCCUCUUCGGGUGCUUGACCAAGAGGACGUUCGGAAAAGAUCAGUCUCGGAAGCAAAAGCCUUCUUACAGCAUUGGCUCGAUACCAAGGUUAUUCCAGCCCAGGCCGAGCUUCAGGAUGCCUAG